AUGGCCUUAUGGAACAUAACCGAUAAGAGCCCAGAGGUUUGUUGUCGUCUCACUGUUUCGAACAUCCACCGUAUCCUGUUUGAAUUUAUCAAUCGCCCUGAACUCAUGGCUCCUACCUGCUGGUGUUUCCCGAGGGCCAGAACGCUUGUUCACUGUUCCAUCGGAAUUCUACACAAUAUAAUAAACCAUUCCCCAUGUGUAAGACGCGACUACAGGCGGUUUGACGCUGUCAGAAUUCUCGUUGCUUUCACAGCUGACGCAACUAUAUGUAAAAAGACAUCCCAGAAUGAGGUGCUUUCCUGUCGAACUGCUGCCCUGUUCCUGUUGGCUGCCAUCGUGGAUGAACGAGAGAACGCUAAAAUUCACGCCACAGAUACCCACCUUGUACACGUCCUUGCCAUGUUGAAAGAUGCAUUGGAUUCUUCUCCCACACACUUUUCUUCCAGUCAUGGCUACCACGCAGGUGAAAUUAUUCGAAGCCUUAACAAACUCGCGAGUCCGGACAGCAACAAACGAAGCCUGGUAAAGAACAAGGCUUUGGAUCUGGCAAAGUACGCCUUGCAAAUUUCGAAAGACUUGAAAAAGCGCUCGGAGGACGAAAAAACCGACUCCACCGAUAAUACUGCCGAAAAGGCAUACAGUUACGUCUCCUGUGACUCUUUGGCAGCGAUGACCAUUGAGCUUAUUUGGCAGCUCAGCUUUGUCGCCGAAAGCCGCGAGUACCUUACACCCUCUUCAGAAUUGGAGCUUUUGUGCGAAAGCUUUCGUGACAAAUCAUGGUCCUCGGAAUGUCAGAAGUCUGUUCAAGGAUUGUUGUGGAAUUUAAGCUCACAAACUGAAGGUAUGCACUCGGCUAUGGACUACUCGGCUACAUUUGGACAAUCCAUCCGACGGCCAGAUGGCCACAUAAUGAUUAGUUACCAGCACUCAACACAACCGACAAUGGUCAGGUUGAAGGAGGAGCUUGUGAAACUCGGUUAUGAGGUCUGGAUUGAUGUUGAUCACAUGUGUAAGUUUCUGAAUUCUCUAUUUGCUGUUUGUUUACAUCGCUGUUGUUUUAGUAAUAUUUUGGAAAUGCUUGCGUGUUUCAGUCCAGUUCGGUUUUAUUAGAUUACCGACAGAGUUCACGACGCUUAGAACUGCCUAAGGGCUUUUAAAUGGACAGCUGUUCGAAUGUAUUCGUAGGACGCGUAAUGCCCGGGUAGUGGCAGAAUAUGAUACAACAUACCUUGCCUAAACUGUUCAGACAACUAACAAAGUGCUUCUUUCUAAUUUAGCUCAUGGGUCAUUUGUGGAUGAAAUGGCCGAAGGUGUUGAGGGUGCAUCUGCACUUAUACUAGGCCUAUGUCAAGCUUUUAAGGAUUCCCCUCACUGCCGCCAAGAAAUGCGUUACGCCUACGACCUGCGAGUGCCUUUCUAUCCGAUUCUGUUGGAAGAGGAUUACAAGCCUGAUGGUUGGUUAGCGUUCAUGCUUGCAACAAUAAUAUAUAUCCCGGCGUUUCGCCCCGACGACAUGUCCAGCGUGGCGCGGAAACUCAGUGAACAGUUGGGAAACUGUGGAAGGAUGGAUUCUUUACCAGUUCCCGAAAGUGCGCCACCGUUUAAAUCCGAUUCCUCUCCGCUUGCUUCCCAUCACAGAUCUCAGUCGGCCUGUGUCAGUACGCAAAUAUUCCGACAGGUCAUCCUCAACCAUCCGUCCCUCGAGUAUCCAAUGA